AUGAUAACAAACAAAGAUAUUUCUAAAACAAAUAAGCUUUUGCAAGUUAUCAUCCGUGCUCUUGAUGGUGCUGAUACUAAUUUAAAGCCGAUUUUAGACUUAGUAGGAGAAUCUAACACGGAUUCACUGAUUCCUUGCUAUUCAUAUCUAUGCAAUUGGAUAUCAUCUAGCUUCGGUGUUGAAAUCGAUCAAAAGGUCUUAAAGAAACAACAAAUUGUUUAUUUCACAAUGAACCAGAUUCUCGAGAAGAUACCUCCCGUUCUAAUGCUUUCCGGCAUGGCUGAUAUAAAUACCACAUUUCAAUACUUUGCUUUCUUCGCAAACUCGUCAACGGUUAUGUAUGAAAAAAGAAUCUUGCAGCUUUACAAUCAGAUUGUUUCAUUCUACUCAAAUUACUUUCUGUACAGGAAUCCUUCAAUUUUAAGCUCAGACGACCAAACAAUUAUCUCAAAAAUGCCAAUUUUACUCGAUGAUUACGAGCAUAAUCAUAAAUUUCAAGAAUUAAUGCGUAGUCAUUUCAAAAGAAUGAUAUAUGGUAAGUAUCCCAUUGCCUCAUUCAAGAGAUAUCUUUCUAGACAAAAUGCAAAAAUUAUUUUAACGCAAACAAUAAUAGAAUGCAUCAGAGAACUGAAUUAUUCUCGAACAGCAACGCAUUACGAACUAUUACAUUCAUUUUCUAUCAUAUUUUUAUAUAUUCAUGCAUUUGUUACAGCAAGAUACAUAGAUGGACAGACAAUUUGUGAUUAUUUACGAUCUAGACCAUUUCUAUCACCAUUCUGUCUUCUUGCAAUUGCAAAUCACAUUCCACAAGUUUUUUAUUUAUUUAAUUUGCUUAUUCCUCAAGAACUUGCAACAGGAACAUACCCAAUGGAAGAAGCCGAAAAGAUCAUAAUUAAAAACUAUCCAAUGGUCGAUAAUUCCAAUGAUAAUACUUUAGAUGAUUUGAUUGAACAAAUUCCUCACAUAUUAUUAGUAUAUUUCUUAAACAUACAGUUCCCAACAGAGAACUUAAAUGACCAUCCAGAUGAAAGCGAGCUUAUUUCUAUGCUGAGAACUUCAGGGUCCGCAAUUUACGAUAAAAUGAAAAUCCUCAUUCAUUAUGCAAAUGUUGGGGGAGUGACACCCCCUGUUAUAUCGGCACUCAGUUCUCAAUUAUUGAGUUGUAUAACCCUAUCGUUCCAACGAACAUUUAUUGAAUGCUUUACAUCGGGCAUGUUUACAUACAAGUUAUCUUUGUUUUUCAAGAACGUUCUGGAGAUUGUGCUGCCUUCCCUCGGUGACCAGAUCAUCUACAGGUUCUACGACUUGACAAAAACCGAUUCUCAGAACGGAGAUAUCAUUAUAAGAGGCGCAUUGUCGUUUACAAUGGCUGAUUUGUAUAAUUACGUAGAUCCAUCGUUGAUUGUAUCAUUUUGCUUGCAAGGGAUUGGUGAAAAAGAGCUUUCUUCCCCUGUAAGAUUGUUUUUGGCGAAUUUUCUGAAAUCUGGACCACCAAUCCUCAAAAAUGGUAUUGAGGAAUUGCUCCAGAAGUGUAAUGACAUCUUUAUCAUACUAGAUUACAUUCAUUCUAUUGAAACUGAGAAUAAUUGUAACAGAGCUGACGAAUCUGAGAAAAUUUUAAGUAUAAGACGGUCUUUAAUCAAAAAAUUACCUUUUAUAUGCGAUGGAUUUCCGCUUGUUAUCACUGGAGUUUCGCCAUCUAAAGCGGAAUCUCCACUUUCUUCAAAAAUUGUGCAACUUCUGUCGUCUGUGUUCAAUAACCCGACACCAACAGAGUUGAUAAACCAGCUGAGACUCGCAGGAACCAAUGGUGGGCUCCUGCUUCGCGUAGUUGCGUCAUCAAAUUUAAUUCAACACGCAAACAUCGCAAAUGCAGCUGUAGAUUACACGUGUGAGGUAUUUAAUGUAAAUAAUGAAGGUAAUUCGUCGUCAUUAGACGCUUUCUUUAUCUCAUCUCCAACAUUGCAUCUUCCCAUUGCCCAAAUUUUGCUAGAAUCACUUAUAAGGAUCGGCUUCGAAGACCAAGCACUCCGGCUGCUCCACGUGAUCACUCCGACCCUCCAGAAGGAUUUAAUGCCCUUACACUGGCUGAUUCGAAUUUUGCCAAAUAUCUCUCAAUUUUUGUCUCAAAGAUCUUGCGUUACUUUUGCGUCAAUUGUUGAGGGAUUAAAUAAUGUAAGAGACUUGCCGAAAGGAAAUUCAAGAACAAGGACGAUUAUUGAAGGAAUGGUAAAUUCUCUAAAUUCAACCAUCGUAGAUGACUUCCAAUCCAGUGGAGAGUUCAGAAAUAAGUAUGAAUUGAUGCACGCUAUUGGUGUUUGCUCGUUUAUACUUAAUAGAACUGGAAAAGAAAUUGAUGAAUUAAUUUCACCGGUUAAAGACCUACUUUCCUUCUGGCCGAAUAGACUGGCAUGCAUAUCUUGCAGCUCUGAGCUUGCUUGCAGCUUAUCUAAUGACAUGGCGUUUGAAUAUUUCACAAAAGUAUUUGAUUUGCCAGACAGUGAGUUUUCUCAAGCUGCAAUACAGUCAUUCUUAAUACAUGCACCAUUGAGUACAUUCAUGAAGAUUGUUUCUUCAACAAAAGAGAUAAUUGGAGGAAAUCUUCAAAAAUUAAAGAGAUUGAUGCCAAAUAUUAUACCUUGCUUCAUGAGAUUCGAAGGUGCACCUGAUAUGACUACUAAAAUGCUCUGUGGAUUGAUAGAAUCCGUGAAAUCAGAAACCCCAACUGAUAUAAUCGAACAAUUGAUUGAUAUUGUUAUCUGGAUGUAUCUCACUUUGAGAUUGCAGAAGUUUAGAACUGUAUUAAUCAAUUCUUCAUCAAGUUUACCUCCGAAAUACAGAAUCAUUGUUGCAUCUUCAGUUGUUGUUGAUGGAUAUCUUAAAAAUGAGUCAAUGAACAAGAAAGAUAUUCCAAAUGAUGACGAUGCACCUCCUGGACUCUUCUCUUGGAAAGAGAAUUAA